UCCCCACAUCAGGACAAGAAGGCACAGUAGACAUGGAUAUCCCAUUCCACAGACCGCAGGACGCCGUAUAACAAUUACCUGCCCUAAGUGUUCUGUGCAUCUCCCAAAUGUCAGCUCCAAGCUCCCGUGCAGAUCCUGCAUCUUACCUCCAGUUCAGACCUCCAACCCUGUGCACUGCCCCCUUAGCUGAUUACUAGCUGAUGUGUGUGUUUGGAUUGAUUCCCCCCCUGAGUCUUCCCCUUGCUGUCUCUGGAUACAAAUCAUGUCUGGCAAACACCAGCAUUUCAAGGGACCUGAAGUCAGCUGCUGCGUGAAAUAUUUCUUAUUUGGAUUCAACAUUGUGUUCUGGUUGCUGGGAGCUGCCUUUCUGGCUAUUGGUUUGUGGGCAUGGGCAGAAAAGGGUGUCCUUUCCAAUAUUUCGUCUAUUACAGACCUGGGUGGGUUUGAUCCUGUCUGGCUUUUCAUUGUCACUGGCGGUGUCAUGUUCGUUCUAGGGUUUGCUGGCUGCAUUGGCGCUUUGCGGGAGAACACCACGCUUCUAAAAUUUUUCUCAGUCUUCCUGGGGCUUAUCUUCUUCCUGGAGUUGACCGCAGGAAUCCUUGCAUUCGUAUUUAAAGACUGGAUCAAAGAUCAGCUCAAUUUCUUCAUUAACAAUAACGUAAAGGCGUAUCGGGAUGACAUCGACCUGCAGAACCUCAUUGAUUUUGCUCAGGAAUAUUGGUCAUGCUGUGGUGCUCAUGGACCUAAUGACUGGAACCUCAACAUUUAUUUCAACUGCUCAGAUUUCAAUCCAAGCAGGGAGCGAUGCGGGGUGCCGUUCUCCUGCUGUGUGAAGGAUCCUGCGGAAGAUGUUCUUAACACACAGUGUGGAUAUGAUGUGAGAUUAAAACUGGAACUAGAGCAGCAAACGUAUAUCUACACCAAGGGAUGUGUUGGACAGUUUGAGAAGUGGCUUCAAGAUAAUUUAAUAGUAGUAGCCGGAGUAUUUGUUGCAGUUGCAUUACUGCAGAUUUUUGGAAUAUGUUUAGCUCAGAAUCUUGUCAGCGAUAUUAAAGCAGUGAAAGCAAACUGGUGACUAGCUGCCCUGCACACCCCAACACCACACCCUCUCUAACCCUGGUAGCCUGCCUUUUUGGGACUGAACUUGGAUAUCGUACAGCCACCCUUGUUGGCAUGGACUUGCUGCAGACUGGGUGGGAGGCGGAGCUGAUGGGGGCUAUAUAGUUUUGAUUUUGUUUUCUGCUCUACUGUAUUAUGGGAUUUUAGACCGAGUGAGGGUGGCGUUGUGUUUUGUGCCACAACCCACCACGUCCAACGUGAGCUUCCUUCCCUCCCUGGGCAUGGAGGGGCUGGCACUGGAAGCGGAAGUGUAAAUAAGUGCAUGUGAACUAUAAGAAGGCAGUGCAACUGACUGUGAUUUAUAUUUAUAUAUAUCUAUAUUACAAAAUGAAAGGACAUGAAGCUCUACUGCUGUUGGAUACCCCUCAUGACUUUUUAUUUUUUUGUUCAGUCUAUGAAGAUGGGUGAUGCCGUGCAGGCCAGAAAGCUUCUUGUAUUGUCUCACACUGGAGAAACUACAGAUUAACCCCUUUAGCUUCCAGAGCUGCCUAUGUAUAUUUUAUGUUUUUUUUUAAUAUUCUGUUUUGUUUGCCUCGAGAAGAAUGUUGGUGCCAACCAUGACAGUAAUUCAAUGAAGCAGUAAUGUAGUGAGGCGACUAAAUUCUAAAGAAAGUGAGAUUGUUAUAUUGUAAUUGUAAUACUCGUGGAAAUGCUUGUACCACUGAAACUGCCUCAGGGUUCAUUAAUGCCCUAUUAGGAUGCCUAUAAACCAAACCUGCAUUGUAGCAGCAAGGGAGCCAGUUACAUAAUGCACUUGCACAGGUAUGGUAUUUUUUUACAUUCUUUGUCUUUUACUGCCUUGUUUUAGCUUGCGACACAGAAGCUGCCAUUACUGUUGUAGGUCAAAGCAUAUUGUAGUCCCUGUUCUUGCUCACCUCUUUAAGGGAGCAGGUCCAUCCACUUCUGUUUUGUGCACUAACCUAGAAUCCUCAUGAGCACUGUAACAUACACGUCUCCCUCUGAGACUUUGCAGAUAUGUACUACUGUUUGCCUUGCUGCUUCAGGCUUCUUCAAAUGUUGUCAAGGCUUAUGGGCAUAUAUGUUCCCUUGUUUUUUAAAAGUAUUCCUGUUACAAGUCUUAGUGACCAGAAAGCUAUUUGUAGAUGGUGUCAGACAGGCUCCUGGGACCAAGAUAUUUACUUUUUUUUUUGUCUAUGCCAGUUUUAUUUAUUUCAACCAUCUUUCUGUUGUUUUUUUUUAUUGCUGCAUAUUUUAUGGACCAAUUUUUUGAUGGACGCGCUACCAAACCUAAUGCUUUCCCUUUUUUGUUUUAUUUACUUGAUGAAAGAAGUUUUUAGACCAAGAACACUUAUUUUAUCAUGACAAAUUAAACCAGUUACAGGAUGAUAGAAAGCCUGACUACUCAUUUUGAAUGCUGAUCUUAGUGUGACCGGAUCCACUUGUCAGUCACAUUUACUCAUCUGUAUUCAGGAAACAGAUUAGUUUACUGACGAGCACAAUGAUAUAACCCCCUCUCAUAUGGUUUUACACAUAGCUAGCUUGUAAGGCUGUAUAGGUUUGGGUAGGAAGCAUUCUAUCAAGAAUGGGAUCACCGAUACAUAAAAUCAUAUACCUCAAAGUACCAGGUGUGUCCAUGACAACAAACCAAACUUCUGUAGUAUAAUAAACUGCCAAAAACGUGAUUCUGCUUGGGAAUUGUAAAUGCUGAAAUGACCAUACUCCUGCAAUGCACAAGUGUAGAGAGAUGAGGAACUUCUGCACAGCUGUGAGUCCAUGUCUCUUUAAUUAUCCUGACUCCAGCAAUGAGAUAGAUACAUUGCUGUGCAAUGAGAGAGAGAUGUAUUAUUUGAAAUGAUCAUUAUUACCGUAUUCUUAAAUCCUUGGAAUAAAUUUGUCAACAACUGAUUUCCUGCAACUCCCCUCCAUUUUAAAGUAUUGUAGCUUUUUUCAGCUUGAGAGUUUUAUAUGAUAUUGAUCCAAUCUCUUAGUAACAGAGUGGGAAUUUUUUUUUCCCCCACAAAUUGUUACUGGCCCAUCUAAACCUAAUGUACAAUGGAAAUUCUUCCUUUGAUGGCUCAAUCUAUAAAAAGGAUUGGAGCUUGUUUAAAAAUCUGCUGUGCUGCUUUCAUGUUUUAACAUGUCUCCCUCAAAAUUGUGAAUGAUUUCAGGUGUAUGCAAAUCUGAAAAGACUUUGGUGAUAACUCACCCAUCGUUCCGUCCGCCCGUCAGACUGACAAGCAAAAAAAAAAUCAGGAAUUCAAACUAAAAUGUUACUGUAGACAUUCUACAUGGAAAAUAAAAGUCUUUAAACCUUG